AUGGCCUCAACCUUUGACCUCGACGACGCUCUAGAAGCCAUGCAAAAAGAUGGAUUCUACUGCAUACAUGAUCCUUCCCGCGUACGGACCAUCCUCGAAUCGUCCUUCGAUUGGUGUGCAUUGGGAGACUACCGCAGAAUUCGUGAGGAUCGAGGCCAUAUCUUCCAACUCCGGAGGGGCGGCGCGAAAGCAGAUAUUCUGAUCGUUCAGCUCUGGAGCGCCAAAGCGCACGCAACGUACUACAGCGGUUCACAUCUUGUUUCGCGAGAAUCAUUAAACAGCGUCCGGGCGGCAAAUCGCAUGUGGGAGGUACCUCUUGCAAAGCUAGAACGGGCAGGCAGCGAAGCACGAGAGAUCUCAUUCGAGCAAGGUGGCAUGUGGGUAUGGCGCACCAUCAUCUGA